CCCAGUCGUUCCUGUGGCAACGGGGAGACUCGAAGCCAUGUGAGUGCUGCCCUUCCUGUCCCUGUCUUGCGAAGCAAGGCCACAGCCAGAUUCCCCAACCGAGGCUCUCGCCCGACUGUGGUGCAUUCAGUAGCUUCCAGGGACAGCAGGACCAGCCCAUGAGGCUCCCAGUACCCACUGAGUGCCACCCUGAAGGAUGUCCCAGCUCUCCUCCACCCUGAAGCGCUAUACAGAAUCGUCCCGCUACACAGAUGCCCCUUAUGCCAAAUCAGGCUAUGGCACCUACACCCCCUCCUCCUAUGGGGCCAACCUGGCUGCCUCCUUCCUGGAGAAGGAAAAACUUGGUUUCAAGCCUGUCUCCCCCACCAACUUCCUCCCAAGGCCCCGCACCUAUGGCCCCUCCUCCAUCCUGGACUAUGACAGGGGCCGCCCCAUGCUGAGACCUGACAUCAUUGGGGGUAGUAAGCGGUCUGAGAGCCAGACCCGUGGUAAUGAAAGGCCUUCAGGCAGUGGACUCAACGGAGGCAGUGGAUUCCCUUAUGGAGUGACCAGCAACUCCCUCAGCUACCUGACCAUGAAUGCCCGAGACCAGGGGUCAACCCUGAACCAGAAGAAAUCGAACAGCCAAUCAGAUCUGGCCCGGGAUUUCUCCAGCCUCCGGACGUCAGAUAGCUACAGGACCUCAGAUGGCUACCGGACCUCAGAAGGCUACCGGAUAGAUCCCGGGAACCUGGGCCGCAGCCCCAUGCUGGCCCGCACACGGAAGGAGCUCUGUGCCCUGCAGGGCCUCUACCAAGCAGCCAGCCGCUCUGAGUACCUGACAGACUACCUGGAGAACUAUGGUCGCAAGGGCAGUGCCCCACAGGUGCUCACGCAAGCCCCUCCCUCCCGAGUCCCUGAAGUCCUCAGUCCUACCUACCGACCAAGUGGCCGCUACACACUGUGGGAAAAGAGCAAGGGCCAGGCCUCUGGGCCCAGCCGCUCCAGUUCUCCAGGGCGAGAUACCAUGAAUUCAAAGAGUGCCCAGGGUCUGGCCGGUCUUCGAAACCUUGGGAACACAUGCUUCAUGAACUCAAUUCUUCAGUGCCUGAGCAACACCCGAGAGUUGAGAGAUUACUGCCUCCAGAGGCUGUACAUGCGGGACCUCGGCCACACCAGCAGCGCGCACACAGCCCUCAUGGAAGAGUUUGCAAAACUAAUCCAGACCAUAUGGACAUCAUCCCCCAAUGAUGUGGUGAGCCCAUCUGAGUUCAAGACCCAGAUUCAGAGAUAUGCUCCACGCUUCGUUGGCUAUAAUCAGCAGGAUGCUCAGGAAUUCCUUCGCUUCCUCCUGGAUGGCCUCCACAAUGAGGUGAACCGGGUGACAGUGAGGCCUUUAAGCCUACCAGGGUUGAGCUCUGACCCAGCUGUCUUCCUGUCUGUGGUCCCCAGUGACGAUGAAAAAGGGCGACAAAUGUGGAGGAAGUAUCUUGAGAGGGAAGACAGUCGGAUUGGGGAUCUCUUUGUAGGGCAGCUAAAGAGCUCCCUAACGUGCACUGACUGUGGCUACUGCUCCACAGUCUUCGAUCCCUUCUGGGACCUCUCAUUGCCCAUUGCAAAGAGAGGUUAUCCUGAGGUGACGUUAAUGGACUGUAUGAGGCUCUUCACCAAAGAGGACGUGUUGGAUGGGGAUGAGAAGCCAACAUGCUGCCGCUGCCGAGCCAGAAAACGAUGUAUAAAGAAGUUCUCUGUCCAGAGGUUCCCAAAGAUCUUGGUGCUCCACCUGAAGCGGUUCUCAGAAUCCAGGAUACGAACCAGCAAGCUCACAACAUUUGUGAAUUUCCCACUAAGAGACCUGGACUUGAGAGAAUUUGCUUCAGAAAACACCAACCAUGCUGUUUACAACCUUUAUGCUGUGUCCAAUCACUCCGGAACCACCAUGGGAGGCCAUUAUACAGCCUACUGCCGAAGUCCGGUAACGGGCGAAUGGCACACUUUUAAUGACUCCAGUGUCACACCCAUGCCGUCCAGCCAAGUGCGCACCAGCGACGCCUAUUUGCUCUUCUAUGAACUAGCCAGUCCACCCUCCCGUAUGUAGCACUGAGGAGCUACAGCCCUUCCCUCUUCCCUGUGGUGGCCCCACGUCCUAAGUUUUUAAAAAAUUCAGAAAAAAAAAAAAAAAAAACACCACAAAAAAAACCAACAACAAAGUCCUGACAAGUAAGAGAAAAAUAAAAGUAAAAUAAAGCUGCCGAGCAGAAGUUGAUAACAGCCUGGUCAGGGUCUGGAGCAAGGAGGCAGGAGCCCCUGAGCCACGGCCUGUCGGGAGCGACGGACUGAUGUAGAGACAGAGUCAGCAGUGUUCCUCGGCUCCUCGGCUUCUCUUGUUUGCAUUUUUAAGCCUGUGGUUUUUUGUUGUUGUUGUUGUUGUUUUUGUUUUUGUUUUUUUUUUUGUUUUUUUUUUUUUUUCCUGUGUGUAAUAACAACUGUGGGGAGAAGAUCGUCAGUCCACCUGCUGCCCCGGCCAGCUCCACGCCUUCUGGGAGGACAGCGCCAUCUGGAGCCUGCUGGUAGCAUCGCUGCUGGAUGGAGCUAGGGAGGAGCCUGCUCAGAGUCCCCCUUAACCCCACCCCAACCCUGGACCUGCUCACCAGUCCAGAGAGGAAACACCCAUGAGCCAAGAGCCCUCUUAACGCUGCUAAAUCCAAGGGUACAGAUGAGGGGGACAUCUUUGAAAAAAGCUGGUUUGGGUUUUCAAACGCCCAAGGGUUUUGUUUUUGUUUUUUUGUUUUUGUUUUGUUUGUUUGUUUAAAUUAACUGUAACGAAUGUAUUCUGACUGGAGAUGCCGUCCUUCACACCUCUUCACAGCUGGGACAUUGGGCUGGGCCUCUGUUUUUGUUUUUGUUGUUGGGGUUUUUGUUCUCUCUCUCUUUUACUUCUCCAAAUACAACUUUUCUAAUGCUAGCCCCCUGUGGUGCUAGGUGGGUGUUGGCCAGGCCCUCACGUAGUCACAGUAGACCUGGGAUCUAAAGUUUUCUGUUUUGAAAGGUUUCCUUUUUUUUUUUUUCUUUCUUUCCCUUUUUUUUUUUUUUUUUUUUUAAUAUUUUGGAUGGAAUCUAGUUGCCUCCAAGAAUUGUGCCUUAUAGCAUUUGGGGACCAGGGGGUAACUUCCCCUUCCUAAGAAAUCCCUCAGCUGCUGCCCUUUAUCCCCGUGCCAUGUUGAAAGCCAGGUGGGGAAACGGAGUCCUGCCCUUAGCCCCUGGCUUGUUGUACAUUGCAGUGGUGAAGAGGGGGAUGGGUAAAGGAUAUUUCUUAAGAUAGUGUAACAAGUUCUUCCUGCUGCCCUAUUACCCACCCGAGUCUACUCCUCAGCUGUUUGAAGGACAGCACAGGCCCCUUGUCCCGGUAGCUCCCUUUAAUUUAUUCAUUUCUUGCCCUUAUCCCCAAGCUUCCUGCCACCUGUCCCCUCAGAGUCUUUAGACAAAGGCCCUCUGGACUGAGCUUCUCAGGGACACCCAUGCCACCCUUUACCCCCUCUUGGUAUCAGUCUUUGGUCCUACCCUGGAAGCCUGAGCCUAGAUGUAUGGGAAUGUCUUGUAUGAUUGCCUCAGGCUUGAUUUCGCCCUGACAUUAGACAAAACUCCAUGUUGUCCCAAGAGCCAAGCUGUUCAUCACUAAGGCAUUUUGCACUGUGCAUUUUGCACACCCCACAGGUGGGCCAGGCUUAGGCCCUCAGAACCUGGAGAGCUUGAGUGUUCCCAGGACGAGGCACCCGAGAAAGACAACCUGAGUUUACCUGGCCUGAUACCCUUCUCUAGGGAAGACCUGUGAACCUGAGCCCAAGGGCUGGUGUCCACUUGUUUACUGUGUAAGCAAGAGUAGAGAGUCUGAUGUACAGCGGAGCCUUGUACUGAAUAAAUAGCUUUGAGAAAGAA